CACCGACGCUGACAGAGAUGCACUACGUUUUCUGUGGCUGAAGGAAGCUCCGACACACGAUCAACCUUUGCCAGACAUCGAAACGUACAGAAUGACCAGGGUCCCUUUUGGAACCACGUCGAGCCCCUUUCUACUGGCAGCUACAUUACAACAACACCUGCGGAGCCUGAAAGACGAAUACCCCGUCACGUGUACGUUGCUCAGCGAGUCACUGUACGUUGACGACCUUCUGGUUGGAGCAGCAGAUGAAGGAAGUGCCGAGAAACUUUACCGUGAGGCGAAGAGCAUAUUCCAAACUGCUUCUAUGAAGUUGCACAAAUGGGCGUCCAAUAGUCCGACCAUGAGGAACUUGUUUGAGGAGGAAGCAACAGCAGCGAUGCCACAGGGUCAAGUGGCGGGUGUACUGAAAGUUCUUGGAUUAUCUUGGAAUCCCGCGACGGACAACCUGACAUUCGCAGUGGACAGUGUCAGGCAGAUCUCCGAGCAACGUAAAGAUACGAAACGUUUCGUACUACAGACAGCAGCAAGGCUGUAUGAUCCAAUGGGAUUGAUUUCGCCAUUUCUCGUAACCGCUAAACUCUGUUUUCAACGCACUUGGCGACUUAAACUUGGAUGGGAUGAAAUUCUACCAGAUGACAUCAGACACCAAUGGGCUGACUGGUGCGACGACCUAAGACAUUUAUCGCGGAUACAAGUACCGCGAUUUUACGAGUAUGGCUUAAGUGACGUCGCCGACAGCAGAGUGCUGCACGUCUUUGCGGAUGCAAGCACCGCAGCCUACGGCGCGGUAGUGUACCUGUGCGUAAGGGACUUAACAGGAAGGACGACGACGACACUGGUUCUGGCGAAGUCAAGAAUCGCUCCACUAAAACAACUGACGCUGCCCCGUCUAGAGUUGAUGGCGAGCCUCGUGGCAUCACGCCUAUUUCAGUACAUCGGCGGAAACCUCAAGCUUGACGUUAGCGGCGUGCAUUUCUGGACCGACAGUAUGAUCACACUCCAUUGGAUCCAGGGCGAUGCAGCAAGAUGGAAACCAUUCGUAAGGAACCGAGUGACCGAAAUUCAAAAGAACAGCGAUUCGCAUCCUUGGCACUACUGUCCGAGCAAAGAGAAUCCCGCUGACUUAAUGACAAGAGGAAUAUCAGCUCAACGACUGAUCGAGAGUCAGUUGUGGUGGAAGGGACCACCGUGGAUCGUCAGCGACGAGAGCUCGUGGCCAGGAAGGCCCCCAACGACACGGUUUGCGUCCGAAGAACUUGAAGAAAUGAAAUCCCAGGUGUUAACCACAGUUACCUCAACGAAACUAUCAUUAGACGAAAUUUGGACAAGUCGACAAAGGGGUCUUGCCCACUUUUGGAAAAGAUGGCACAAGGAAUACUUGGCCGAACUGCAGUCAUCUCGUUCGUCGAGAGUUUUCAAGUCAUCAGCGCUCAAACCUGGCGACAUAGUCAUCUUGCACGAUGAGAAACAACCACGGCCGCUCUGGAAGUUGUGCAGGAUUGUGGACGUAUUCUGCGGCAGGGAUGAGAAAGUCAGGGCUUGCACCGUACGCCUACCUGAUGGGACUUUGCGAAGAAGACCGGUGCAACUGCUGUAUCCGCUAGAACUGGCCAACGGUUAAAAAUGCGCGCUAGCCCAUUUUGGGGGGGAGUGUGUUAGAACAUUUUUUGCGUGUAACAUUUUUGGGCUGAAGUUGUAAACGUGUUACAAAGGGAAGAAGACAACGAUCGUGCGGGGAGCACGUGAACUGUUUUUUUGGU